GCGUUGGGUGUUCGGGAAAGGAGAGAGGAGAUGCACGCCCGUCAGGAGAGGAAAAAAAGGGGAGAAGCUGCAGAUUCGCACGAGGUUGAAGAAGAAAGCGAAGAGGGCAGCGUGGAUGGCCCGCAUCCUACGUGCUUGGUGGAUGGCCGGCGGCAGACUCGGCCGGUCGGCCGGGUAUAUAAACGUAUUAACAAAGCUCCCAAUCUUCAAAAAAAAAAGAAAAACGGCUAGGAAGGCGGUUGUUGUUUUCUCGCCCUACAGCCAGCGCAGCCCGCUCCGCACUGCUUGUGCAAAUCGUCUUGGGUAUUUAUUCGCGGAGGGUCUAACGGCUGAUCUCCAACUCCCCGCUGUGCGUGUCUCUCUCAUGAUGCGAGCUUCGCAAACCAACAAAUCGCAGCCAAAGCCGCUGCCGCUGCCGCUGCCACCUCCGCCACUCUCGCUGCCGUCGACGCCGUCGACCGUCCCGCGCCGGCGAAACCGCAGCGCCUCCUCCUCUUCCUCGUCUUCCUCCGUGUCCACCGCCUCCUCCUCCUUCUCCCCGUCGACGUCCCCUGCCCCGUCUCCUCGCACCACCUCACCCACUUCCGUGGUGCCCUUUUCGUGGGAGCGCCGCCCGGGACUCCCCAAGAGCAAUCUCGCGGGCCUUAUCUCCUCGUCCAGCGGCACCGCGGCAGUUCCGCUCCCACCGCCGCCACUGCGCCCUUCCACUCGCCGCUGCCGGCAGCGCAGACGCUGCCGCGCCCUCGACGCCCCCGCCCCUGCACCCGCAGCAGACCCCUUCGCCGCCGCCUUCGUGGAGUGCACAAGGGAAGAAGGCACAGACGACGCAGACGACAAGCUUUGGCUGACGCCGACGAUAACCAACUCCAGCCGCAUGGCGCGGUCGUGGCGACUCGCCGGCGGCGGGUUCCGUGUCAUCAGGUUCCUCGACCUAUACGGGUGCAGGAGGGCCAUGGACGUCGCCGACGGUGCUUUCCUUGCCCGCCGGUCCGUCGCACCGCGUCCACGUCCAUGACCAGGCCGGGCGGACUACACAGAGAUAAGUAGUAGCAAUAAUUAACAUGUCUGAUCCUCUGGCACCGCGAAAAAUGGCAGAACAAGAGCUUGCUGGGGUCACAUCGACAAUCUGAUUAGCGUCAUCCGGAGCACGGAUUUCUGAUCAGACGGUUGAGGUGUCAUGAACAGCAUGCGCCACCGCUUAAUUAGUGUGCUUUCGUUUGUUCAUGGAUGUGUGUGUCUCGAGAAAAGUUUGGUUGUUUCUGGCAACACAGUAGUAUAAAAUGUCUGGUUGUCUUGGGAUUCGUUUGGUUUGGCUUGUUAAUUUUGCGGGGACUAAUAUAUAUAAUCUGAAGUUGUUGCGGGAGUGCCGUAUGCUA